CGGGGAGCGGAGCGGGGCUGUGACGAGACGAACCGCGCCGAGCCGCCCCGCAGGAUGACCCCCAGCCAGUGGGACUUCCCGGUGGAGCUGUGCUGCCGCCCCAUGGCCUUCGUCACGCUGACGGGCCUGGACGUGGUGUACAACGCCGUGCACCGCGCCGUGUGGGACGCCUUCUGCGCCAACCGCCGCGCCGACCGCGUGCCCAUCUCCUUCAAGGUGCUGCCCAGCGACCACGAGUACCCCAAGUGCCGCACCAAGAGGACUUCCUAUGAAUGGUAUAUUCCGAAAGGGAUCCUGAAGACUGGUUGGAUGAACAAACACCUGAACUUGGUUCCUGCGCUUGUGGUGGUGUUCUACGAACUAGACUGGGAUGAGCCUCAGUGGAAAGAGAAGCAGUCGGAAUGUGCCACUCGGGUGGAAAUUGUCAGGCAAAGUUUGCAGGGAAGAAAUACAAAAGUUGCGGUGGUUUUGAUUCAGAAAAAAACACCAUUACCUCCAGGGGAAGAUGUUAUUGCAUCAGAGAGGGCAGCAGCUUUAUGUAAUGCUUGUGACCUUUCUGGAAAAUCUCUCUUUGUGCUUCCACACACGGAUCAUCUUGUUGGUUAUAUUAUAAGGUUGGAAAAUGCAUUCUAUGAGCAUGCACAGACAUAUUAUUACACAGAAAUACGAAGAGUCAAAUCUCACAAGGAAUUUUUGAACAAAACCACUCAUCAGCUUUUAUUUGUUAGACACCAGUUCAAAAUAGCAUUCUUCAGUGAGCUGAAGCAGGACACGCAGAACGCUCUCAAAAAUUACCGAACUGCAUAUAAUCUUGUACAUGAAUUGAGGGCUCAUGAAACAAACAUGCUGGAAAUCAAGACAAUGGCAGGAUUUAUAAACUACAAGAUCUGUCGCCUCUGUUUUCAACAUAAUACUCCACUGGAUGCAAUUGCUCAGUUCAGGAAACAUAUAGACUUAUGCAAGAAAAAAAUUGGAAGUGCAGAAUUAGCUUUUGAGCAUGCUGCCUGGAUGUCUAAACAGUUUCAGGCUUUUGGUGACUUGUUUGAUGAAGCGAUUAAGCUGGGCUUGACAGCAAUUCAAACUCAGAAUCCAGGUUUCUAUUACCAGCAAGCAGCCUACUAUGCACAGGAGCGGAAACAACUAGCAAGUAUGCUUUGUAACCAUGAUUCCUCUGUGGUAUAUCCCAAUCCGGAUCCCCUGGAAACCCAGACUGGAGUGCUUGACUUCUAUGGGCAAAGACCAUGGCGGCAGGGAACAUUAAGCUUUGAUCUUUCUGAUCCUGAAAAGGAGAAGAUGGGGAUUUUAUCCCUUCAGUUGAAAGAGAAGAAUGUUCUUCACUCAGAGCUAAUAAUUACUUUGUUGAGUAAUGCUGUUGCGCAGUUCAAGAAAUACAAAUGUCCAAGAAUGAAAAGUCAUCUGAUGGUUCAGAUGGGUGAAGAAUAUUACUUUGCGAAGGAUUACGCCAAAGCUUUGAAGCUGUUGGAUUACGUUAUGUGUGAAUAUCGGAGUGAAGGAUGGUGGACUCUUCUCACUUCCAUAUUGACAACAGCUCUCAAGUGUUCAUAUCUGAUGGCCCAGAUAAAGGAUUAUAUAACAUACUCUUUAGAGCUACUGGGUAGAGCAUCUACUCUUAAAGAUGAUCAGAAAUCUCGAAUAGAAAAAAAUCUGAUAAAAGUUCUAAUGAAUGAGAGCCCUGAUCCUGAACCUGACUGUGAUGCUGCUGCUAUGAAAGCUUCACAAAAAUUGUGGGCUGACCGUGUUUCCUUAGCAGGCAGUAAUGUGUUUACAAUAGAAGUCCAAGAUUUUAUACCAUUUGUGCAGUGCAAAGCAAAUUUCUUCUCUAUGGAAAAUAACCAUUAA